GCGCGACGCUCCGAUUUUGCUCUCGACGGUUGUUCAAACACGAUUUUCCCCAAAUUUUCUGAUCAUUUUGUUUGUGAAUAAAAAAAGAAAAUUUGUUCACCUCUCGGCUAGAUUUCGACGAUCGUUCCAAAUGGAAAUUUUCAUCGCCUAUUGGGAAUAGAAAAAAAAAGUUGUUCCCGAUAAAAAAGGGGAAAAUUUCCCGAAAACAAAUAUCAAGAAGUAAUUUAAAAAGGAAAAAUGAAAAUGACAGAAUAAUUGAAUAACUUCUAUAUGUGAAAACACAAACAAAACAAUUUCCUCCGUGCUAUUUAAAAUAUAAAAAAAAAAUAAAAAAUAAAAACAGGAAUAAUCAACAAAUUUUCACUCGUCAAGUUUAUUUCAUACGUGGGUUUUCAAUUAGAAACUGUCGCCAUUUUGGAUACUAAAUUUUCCUAAUUGGCAAUAAAAAUAUUCUUUGCAUGAAUGAUUAACAAACAAUCGAAAUACAAACAUUCAUUGCUCGAAAAACUGAUUCCCAUUAAUUGGCAAUAAAAACAAGUUAUUCCUUGCGUAGGUGUAUCAAGCGAUUUACUUUACCACAGUGAAAAGAAAAAAAACUGAUGUAAGGAUACCAGUUUGUAAUAGUGGUGAAGAUCAAGGAAGAUCAAGAAAUCAACAGAGUCAUUGAACUUGUGACGUUCCUGAGGAUUACGUAUCGUGUUUUCGACCUUGUUUCCGGUUUCGUGAGAUGCAAAUUUACAGAAUGAACACAGUGGAUGGUGAAGGUCGUGGACGAGAAUGAACAUUCGUGAUUGUUGAUUCGAAACACGCGGUGUACCUCAAUCAUCAGUGUUCGACUUUCGUCCGAUAAUUGCCAACAAUAUGGAAUUAUAUAGACUUGGGGAUAAAAGUGGUUGCAGAGGAUCGGAUACUUUGGAUCCUCGAUGUAUGUGCAACUAAAAUAAAAAAGAAAAAAAAAAAGAAAAUUCAGUUUUUAAUCAUCGAACAGUUUUGAAAGGGAUGCAAAUUCUCGUCAUAUUUGCCGAAAUUUCAGAAACCUUGGGUAUAUUAAAAGAAUUCAUUCGUCUAUUUUUCUGAAGUAUCGUGCUGUAAAAAAGUUAAGGAACGAUUGUACAGAAUACGAGAAAAAUUCUUGUUAAUCGCGUAGCUUUUGCAAAGGACAAAUUAAUAUUCACGCACGUUCCAGGAAAGAAUCGUCCGUGUUCCACGACCGCCACAAUAAAAGUUUCCGAUUAUUUAAUCUAGCUAGCUGUGCGAACGCAAAACGAUAAAGUUGAAACUAUCGUGUUCGCAGAAGGAAAAUCUAGCAAAUUUAAAAAAAACAAAUUCUAUCUCUUUUUAAAAAGUGAGCCUACGCAAAGAAAAAGAAAAAGAAAAAGAAAAGGAAGAAGAAUCUCCUGUACGCGCAGCAUUUUCCGGUCGAAAAAGCUCGCGAUACAUCUUUUUCGAGUACGAGAAAGGAACAACAGAGUUGAUUGAAUAGAAAUUGAAGAGAAUGAGGCCAUUAGUGCGGUAUAGUUUUGAAAUUUGCAUGAAUAACACGGAGCGUAUUGGGUCGGAUCGAAGAGAAAUCAAAUAAACAAGCUAUCGUAGGUUCGUUGGAUAUUAAGAUAGUCUCCAGGCAGGGAACUGAUCGAUACGAGGUGUGUAAUCGAACCGGAAACAAAGUAGAAGGUGUUUCGAAGGCCGAGCAAAGAGGAAGUGGUCCAGCAACGAAUACCUAACAGCGACUAUUUGCGUACCGUUUCGUUUAUCUUCCUUUCGGACGACCACUGCAUCGAUAUUUUCCGAUUAUUUGUUGUUUCUCGCACCGUUGGAAGCGGAUUCAAGAUCCCUUCCAGACACGAGAACAAACCAUAAUUAGUGUGUUCAGAAAGGAACGUGUGCUGUUUCGAGUGUAUUUAAAAUAUAACAAAUUUAAGAAAAUACACUUUCUUGUGUUUAAGUGCGAUAAACAGAAAAGUUAAACAUUUUUAAACGGGAAUUUGAAGGUAAAGGAUCAUUUUUUUUACCAUUACUGUGAUUGGUAUAAAACACGUUUUCAAAUUAUGAAAAUAUUCUAAGCAUUCGAGGUGUGAAGGAUAGUGUGAAAUAUCGAUUGAUCUUUUCGAAUGAAUUUUUCAGGAACUAGAAGCUUGUGCUCCUCUUUCAGAUGCAACCGAUAUAAUUAGGUUUUACUGUAAUCUCGUCAGGCACAGGAUCGCAAAAUAGAGAUGUUUUUCUGAAUAAAACGCCCAAGGAUUUCCGAUCGUCGACUAUAUUACUUGUUACAAAACAAUAAUUUUUGAGAACAGUAAAUUGAAAGAUUGAAAGUUACAAAUCGGACUCGUUUUAAAGUGCAAACACUAAUUAACAGAACAAGUUGUUUGUGAGAUUUCAGUUAAUUGGUAAGCUGAUUUCUCAUUAAAACCUGGUCUUUUAACAAGGUCAACGAAUAAAUUUUUCUCAUUAACGUUCAAUUUUACGUUAAAACGAUUCGUGGGUGCGAAUGUAUAGAAAUUUAUAUUAAAGCUGGAACUGAAUUACGAAAAUUCAUUCGAGUUGGAACGAAUUUCAACAAACUUUCAAAGUGUACCUACUGGCUACUUUGAACCUUUUGAAAAAAAAGUUUUUCUCCGAUUUCCCAGUGAAAGGAAGAAACGGAAGACAACAAUGUUCGCCAUCACGUCUACAUUGAACCCAAACACGAGAUGCAUCGAAGCGGCCGCAACGAUGGAGGCGUCGCGUGCCAGACGUUCCGUCUCACCGACGAUGUGGGUGAACCUGACCCACUACGCUUACAGGAACCGGAGUUUCGAAGCUGGAAUAGACUUCGAGGAGAAGCCGAUAGACGCUUGCCACCCUCUCUAUUUCCUGCUCGACUUUUUCCACCAGUACUAUAUUCCUUCGAUCAUCCUGUUGGGUCUGGUGGGUAACCUGCUCUCUUGCGUGGUGUUUUUGAACACCCACUUGAGAAUACGAAGCUCCAGCUACUAUUUGGCCGCCCUAGCCACUGCAGACUUUGGCUUCCUCGUCACUUUGUUGCUAGUUUGGUUGAACAACACUCUGGGAUGGAAGGUGUUCAACAAGGAUGGCUGGUGCGAGACCUUGGUCUAUGUUAGCGCCGUUUGUAGCUCUUUGAGCGUUUGGCUGAUCGUUGCCUUCACCGUGGAACGAUUUAUAGCCGUUCAAUAUCCUCUUCACCGGCCGCAUAUAUGCACCAUAGCCAGGGCUAAAAUGAUUGUCCUUGUGCUAGUCAUCUUGGCUCUGACCAGCCAUUCUUACUCGUUCGUCACCGCUGGAGUUGUGUCGAGCAGAGACGGAGAAGAGUAUUGCGACUUGAAGGUCGAGUACUUGGAGACGAUGAAGAUCAUCAGCAUCAUAGACAGCAUCGCGAGUUUGAUCGCUCCCUUGGUAUUGAUCAUCGUGAUGAACACUAUGAUUAUGAGGAACUUGUUGAAGUUCAGCAGACGCUUCAAACAGACAUCGGCCAGCACCACCGACAGCCCCAGCAGGGAACGAUCCGACAUCAAUUUGAAUCAAAUUCCGAGUGGUAGCAGCAGUAACCACGGUGGUGGUGGUGGUGGUGGUGGUAUCAAUCUGGGACCAAUGGUUGGAGGUAGAAGACCACCAUCCCAACAAUCUUUUCACUCGUCGAAGAACAACCAUUCCCAUCAUUCUCGUCAUCAAACCACCUCCGCACCACCAUCCACACCACGUAACGCUUGCCAGCUACCCGAAAUAGCAGCUCGCUGUAUACACAUCAGGUCCUCGUCGAGGAAUCUCGUAUCGACGAGAAAUCAACAGAGCAUCACGAAAAUGCUACUUUUGAUCAGCACCGUUUUCAUUCUACUCAAUCUACCGAGCUACGUGAUUCGGCUGUGCGUCUUUUUCUUCACAUUGGCCCGCAAAAACACCCCCGACUUGCUGUGGUGUUUGCAGCAGUUCUUUAUGCUACUCUACUACACCAAUUUCAGCAUCAAUUUCCUCUUGUACGCGAUGUGCGGGAUCACUUUCCGGCGUUGCUUGCAGCAGUUGUUGCGCAAACUGCUCAAGAGCAUGACCAGGUACCAUUGUAAUCCUCAACGAUACAUAUAGGUGUUGUGUCGUCGGUUUCAUAAAAAUCGAACGAGAACCACGGAAUUGUCGUCGCUUUGAUCGUUUCACGUCGAAGAAACCGCGAUUCGCGUCGAAGAAGGUAAUCCAAUACGAAUCGAACUUCGUCUUGGAUACGACCUACGUUUCGACGACAAAAUUACUUCGAAGGGUAGACGACUGACUCGUCUGUAAUAUUAUAAUAAUUGCAAUCGAUGGAGGAAAAUCUUGUGAGAACGCAAUUUAUGAACCGACUAUUCAUGCUUCAGCUGUUUGCGAUUAAAUUCGCUACACCGGAGGAAGCGGAUGCCAAGAGGAAGUCAACAGGACGUUAAAUGAAACUUUGAACGCGAUCGAUUACUAAUUUUCCAAGAGUGAAGUGAAGAAAAUACAGGCGGUUUAAUUGUAUAGUUACACAUGCAUGGGUGUUUCGAAUGAGGUACAUAUUCAUGUUUCCUUGAAUGCUGUUCAUAAUGGGAACCAAAGAUAAAAAGAUGGUUAAUGGCACUUUGUUUAUAGCUUCGAGAUGUUGACUUCGAGACGUUGACUGUCACCUCACAAACAUGUGAGCGUUACUUAAAAUUUUAGAAGAAUGUAUCACCCCUUGUACUUAUCUAAUUAGAAAUACUCAUGUUAGGUACUUGAAGUGAUGGAUAAUGAAAAUAGUGAAUCUACUACGUCAACGUGUCCGUAAAGAAUUUACUCGUCAAUUUGACGACACUGGGGGAUCCGCAGACGCUUUACCUCGAAUAUCGAAACGUUUGCUAAGAAAUAGUGAAAUAGUGUUUCCUCUUUUUUUUAUAAAGUUCCUUUAAAAAUAAUAUUUUGUACAUAUAAAUUUUAUCUCGUAUUUAACACUAGUUUACGUAUUUAUCUUUUUAUUUUAAUUGAACUUGUCGGGUGCGUCAGUGAAGUUGAACUUUCAUUUGAACUGAAAUGCACAGAGAGCAAAUAAAGUUGUAUAAACGUUUUUCUCAUUUCCUUUGCUCUUUGAUCUUUUUAAUGCAUUGCAAUUCUGUAGCAUUCAAAUAUUUCAUUAUCUUUUUUAUGGUUUCGCGAAGAACGUAAAGAAUUCUAUUACGUUGCUUUUAAUCUUUAAACUUACGCUCCCUUAUAUUGUUCCUAAUAUUUUUAAAUGAUAUCACGAGGAUAUAGCAAUUUCCAAGAAACAUAAAAGACAUUUACUUAAGUUGAUUUUAUUUAUUAACUUUUUCCGACCACUUUCUUUUUCAAUAUUUCAAAUGGUGUUUAUAAUAAUUGAUUACUAAAGGGGUCAUUGAUGAUCGUCGCUAUGAAUAUAAUUUUGAAUUUGAAUAAAAUGUGAAAAAGGUAAAAAUGAAAAAACGGAGUAAUGCAAGAAAGGUAAAGAUUUAUCUUCGAUGUGGACAGCUGAAUUUAUUGUUGACAGUAUAUUCGAGGGGAAAACUUGACAGGUCUCUGUCCCUUUUCACGCACUAUCGUUAAAAACAAGAAAAAAUUCACAACAUUCUCACGGAAAGCAAUUAUUUUCUGCGUCAAACGAUUCAACACAAAAGGUAAUACAGUUGUGAAACUUCCCUUACCACAGAUAAAUAGGGGAAGCUUGUUAAACUUGGGAGUUCGGGAAUUUAAUACCUGACGAUUUACUGGAUAAUAUUGAUUUAAUAAAGAAUAGAUCCAGGCCGGGUUUCCAUUCUCGUUUAUCAGUACACGAUUGAUCCUUUGUUAUCUGCUACGAACAAAUGUCAUUACGGUGAUUUGUCCCGAUUUUCAACCAAGUUCAGUCCCCGUUCGAUUAUUCUAAUAAUUCAAGCAAAUAUUUCUUAUUGUUUUUCAGCCUUGCCAGCUGCACGAUCUUUCAGUUUCAAGUAAAUUCAAGUAUUUAAUUAAAUUUAUUUUUUUUUUGAAAGAUGAAGAAAAAAUUCAACAUUAAUUAAACAUUUAAUUAACAUAAAACUUUAACAACUACUUUGUAAACCCUCGUCUCUAGUUUGUUUUCCGAUAAGUUGGGCAGGAAAGUUUUCAGUGAAAUUCACUUCAACUAUUAUUUCCUCAAUCGAAGGAGAAAAACCACCUUAGUUUCCUGUUUCUUUUGUUUACCCUUCAAAGGAUGAAAUUCAAGAGAUUCGAAUGAAGGUUCGUAGGAGGAAUCAGAAAGGCUUGUUCGCAAGAAAGCGGAGAAAGUUUGCAAGGUACGUGACAAUUUAGCCGAACGUGGACGAGAAUCCCGGAUAAUCCUUUAGCUUUCGAUAUAAAUCCGUGCUGGGAUCAAAGUUAGACGUUGCUCGAAGGAAAGGAUCUCGAAUGAUCGAACCAAAAAAAUUUUCCUUCCUUCGUGACACUUGUUACCUUUAAAUCUGAACACUGAUUGCUUUUCAUCUUUUUUCGUAAUGUUCAUCUGUGUAAUUAUCGACAAACUUCGUUAUCUCUGUAAUGAAUGUUACAGAUACUCUCGUUUAAUGUACGACAAUGAAAUCAGCGAUUCAGGCGUUAUCAGUUACGAAUAAAAUUAGUAUCCGAACUUUAUCGCAAAUCAGUCGCAAAAUUAUCAUAAAUUUGGCAAAAAUUAUGGUCGCGAUAAUCUUUCUUAUCAAAGAGAAUAGACCUUGUCGGAUAUUGUUAGCAUACUUUGGAAAAAUUAAUAUUGUUCGUGCAAAACUCGCGGAACUCGUUAAAAUGACAAACUGUAAAAUGUAUUGAUCCGUGCGGAAAUUGCCAAUAAAAGUUUAUCCGUUAGACUGGCUACAGAGUUGUCAAAAGAAACAUCUCAAAUUGUUGAAACGUAUCAAAUUACCUCCUGCUCAUCGAAACGAUACAGAACAAUAAAUAUACGCUUCGAAUAUCUUGAAAAAUCCUACAAACUUUUCUUAUUACCGUCACCAUCGAUGUUUAAUAACCAUUUUGUGAAAUGCUCUCAUGAGAACGAUCCGUUUUUCGUCAAGAAAGAUGGAAAAACUUUUUAAUUUACUGCAACGAUUCAGGAUAUUACGAUUCGAAGAUAUCCACCGUAUCUUGAUGUCAUGAGAGAUUCUUUGUUAGAUAUUAAACGCAUUAAAGUUCAGAAAUAUAAAUUUUGAAAAGUCAACAAUCAACGUGCUGUUAAAUCCUUUCGGUACGAUGAUUCGAGAUUUUCAACUGUUUAUGCGCUUAUUGCAUUCUAAUCAUUCGGGAGAGAUCAAUUAAAAGUUCAUAUUCUGUAAGAGCUAAAACAAAUCUCAUCAUACUCAACAAGCACAUCGAGUUGUUAAGCUCUCUUUGUACUGAUUCUCGUAUAAUGGACUGAAAUAUUUCCCAGAAAGUUAUUGUAGUUGAAAUUUUAAUAGUUUAGGUGGGAACUGUAUUUAACAUUUUAAGCUACUUUCCUCCGUAAUACAAACUUUUACAAUAAUUAUAUGAAUGCUCCCACUAUUGAUUCGAACGAUCCUUAUUUGGAUUGAAAAUUGUUAAUUGUUGAAUUUGAAUAAAAUAUCAAUCUAAAGAUUGAAGAUGGAUGAAAACUACUAUACGAUAAACUUGCUAUAUCAAAGUAAUAUAUUAUACCUGUUAAUUGCACACUAAAGUCGCGUGUUUCAGCAAGGUUCGCGUAGAAAUUAGAUUCAGUGAAUAAGAUGGAGGAGAAUGAAGGGUUCUUAAGAACUUGAAGACUUUGUUAAUCCAUCUUGCAGAUUCUCACGAACACUGAAUCACGCUGAGGUAUUGAUAGGAUUGUUUGAGACUUUGAUGAUAGGUUACAAAGGCUUUUAAGAUCCCAACAAGACUUUCUGGAAAGUGCUAUGUACAUAAUAUUUUAAUAUCUUCCUUACAGCUUACGACAUCUUCUUAAUUUUAAUUAUUCGUAAUCCCACUUAUAACAACUUUUCUUUACCAUUUUCCAUUUCUUCAUUUUUUAAAAAUUUAAAUUAAAUUCCUAGCCACUGAUGACCCCCAUAUCAGUCAAGGUGUUAAUAAUAUCUCCAAUUAGGGCAUAGUAAUAAAUGUGAGAAAAAUGUACAUGUAUGAUGAACAUACUGUAAAUGUAUCAAUAAUAAUAAUCGAUGUUAAACAACGUACGUAUACAAUGAAACGAUUGUAAAUGUUAAAUUAUAGUAAGCAACGUGAACUAUAUGUCUCUAUUGUAUAACACGGUUUUUCCAUGAGUCAAUUGUUCACAAGAUAUCGUUGUACAAUUACUUUCUGUUGUAAAAUGUGUGUGUACAUACAGACAUUAUUUGUAGCUGUUCAUACGUGUACAAAUACACUGUGUUUCAUAACAUUGUCUCUCGUCUGCUACUGAUAUAAGACUCAUAUGUUAUGAAACAUCCUGUAUAUCGUAGAAAUUAAUUAACUAUAAACUUGUUAAAAUAUUUCAACGUAGAUCAACGAUCCAUUUAUUGUAAUUUUCCUUCAUUUAGAUAUCGAUUCUAAUUAGCACCGAUAUCGUAUGUAAAUAUUAGCACCAUUAAACUUGAUUCAAUAUGUAAUUAGGACGAGCGGUGAAUCAUGAGAAGAGUAAUUGUCCGUUUCAUUACUAGUCAACAAGAUUUUAUGUAAACACACGUAUGGAUCGAGUGCAAGUAAUUCACGAUUCUACGGUUAUCUUAAUGUACAAUUUUUUUUUUUUUAUUAAAGAACCACGUUUUACUUUGUAAAAUACUUGGAA